CGAACUCAAAGAAACCAAUUGAUUUACACUCACUCGCAUCAGAGGUAUUGGAAAUUGAAAGACCUUUGAGCAUUUUCAAGGUUUUGCAGAACAAUUUCCUUUUAAGAUUCAUUUUCUAUGACAGGAAUUCAUUCAUUUUUAAGUUAAUUCUACUUCUACAACUACUACUGUUUUUGUAUGCAAGUGUUAAUUAGUACGGUAAACAAUGGCCAAAGAUUUAUUCGCAGUCCUACGACAGAAUAACGAACUACCAAAUCUUCCAUCAUCAGAAGAAGCCGUCGUAGUAGAUGGUGGUUCUCAAAUGGAUCUUUUCUUUAGUGAAGUUGAAUGGAUUCGAAGAGAAAUUGAAAAGACUCGCAUAGAAAUAAGUCAAGUUAAAACAAAACAUGGUGAAAUUUUGUCAGCACUUCAACAAAAUCCAAAAACAAAAACACAACUAGAAGAAUUAAAUGAGAGUAUUACACGUUCAGCUAAAGAAAUUCGACUUAAGCUAAAAUCAUUGGAACAAACAAUCAGAGAACAAGAAGCUAAAGAUGCUACAUCCGCUGAUUUACGUAUUCGUAAAACUCAGCAUUUUGCAAAUAUUAAAUUAUUCAUGGAUGCUAUGACCGAUUAUAAUAAUAUUCAAAUUGAUUUUCGUGAUGCUAACAAAGCUCGUAUCAAACGACAAUUGGAAAUAGCUCAACGGUCAGUUACAGAUAAUGAACUGGAAAAUAUGCUUGAAUCUGGAAAUCCACAGAUUUUUACUCAAGGAAUUAUAACAGAUACUCAACAAGCUCGUCAAAAUCUAGCCGAUAUUGAAGCACGUCAUGAAGAUAUUAUGAAAUUAGAAAAGAGUAUUCGAGAAUUACACGAUUUAUUUAUCGAUAUGGCUUCAUUGAUUGAAACACAAGGUGAACUUGUUGAUCGAAUCGAUGUCAACGUUAAACAAACACAGGAUUACGUUGCUGAGGCUCGACAGGAAACUAAAAAGGCAGUUGUAUACAAGAAAAAAUCUCGGAAAAAAAAAUUCAUCAUCAUUGGAGUUUGUUGCGCCGUUGUGGUAAUUAUAAUCAUCAUUGUUAUAACCACAGUAGUACCUAGAAAGUAAUACUAUAAUCCACUUCUUUCAAAGUAUACAAAUAAUAAUGAUAAUAUUUUAUCAAUUACAUUGAAUUCAUAUUACAUAAUCCCUUUGUAAUUGGAUAACUUUGUUUUUAAUUGCUCAAUGAAACUGAUGUGUAAUUUUCAUUUAUAUAUAUAUACAUAUUUAUAUCUGUUUUAUAUUUCUGAAUUGUAUGUUCUUUGUUUUUCUAUACACACACACAUACAUGCACACACAUUUGUGUCUUUGUUUACUUCAAUUGUUAUUCCCAUAGAUUUUGUUCUGUUUUCCUUUUUUCUUUCUAUAAUUCAUAUUCUUACUUAUAUAAUAAAACAUACCUAUCCUGUUUAAUUUAUAAUAACAAUCAGAGGAAAAUCCGGUUCUUUUCUGUGUGCCUGUGUGUGUGUGUGUGUGUAAAAUGUCAAACUGGAAAUAAUUAUACACGUAUUUCAUUUCUACCAAAUACAUUUUCUGUUUGUUUGUGGGGGGGGGGUGUUUUUGUUUGUUUGUCUGUCUUAAUACUUCACUAUACAUUCCAACUUAUCAAUGAAUACGGAUUUGAAUAGGUGGUGGGUGGGUAGGUCGGUGUUAAUCCGUCUUUUUUUUAUAUAAAGGCUAAAUAUCAUUCAUUGCUGAAUUAUGUAACACCCAAUUACAGUUUUUUUUCUUUUUUUUUCUAAAUAAAAAUUAUGUAUUGAAAAUAUUCCCUCUUCCUCUCCCCUCCGUUUUUUUUAAAAAAAGUUUAAAACGUUCAUUUUUUUAAGUGAAAAAAACUCUUUUAAACAAUUUCAUUGAUCUAACAAAAUAAUACACUACUUAUUGAAUGAUUUUGUUAUCAGUAGUACUAUUCAAUCUUUCAUAAUUAUAUCUAAAAAAAAUCUUAUUGAAAUCGAUUUUUUUUGUUUUCUCUCUUCUCUCUUUUAUUCAUAUUCACUUUAUUUUAU